AUGAAGUUGAUUGUCGCCCUCGUCGCUGCGUCCGCGGCCGCAUCCAAGCAGUCCGUGAGCACCCUGUCGGUGGACCAACGCGACCAGCUGCGCGCCGAGCUGGCUGCGUGGCGCCAAGCGUUUGGGGCCACCGCCGCGGCGGAGGGCCUGUUGCCCCGCGCCGCCAAGAGCAUGUCCCCCCUCGACGCCGAACAGGACGCCCUCCAGCGGUUCUACGACAACAAGCUCGCGAUCGAAGAGGCCCGCCGCAACAACCCUGAAGCGACGUUCGACAACAACCACCCGUAUGCCUUGAUGACGCAAGCCGAGUUCAAGAAGUUCGUGGAGGGCGUAUCUCUCAAGGAGGGCGUCGCCUCGGUCCGAUCGCUCCCCGCGGCCGACCUCAACACGACCAGCGUCAAAGCCGCCACGGUGGACUGGACCACCGGCCGAUGCAUCAACCCCGUGCGCAACCAAGGCCAGUGCGGGUCGUGCUGGGCCUUCUCGUCCGUGGGUGCGGCGGAGCCAGCGCACUGCAUCGUGACGGGAGAGCUCCUCGACCUGUCGGAGCAGCAGGUGACGAGCUGCUCCACGGCGAGUGGCAGCGCGGGGUGCAACGGCGGGUGGCCGUACGCCGCCUUGACGUACGUGUCGACGACUGGGCUCUGCUUGGAGCGCGACUACCCGUACACGUCGGGCAGCACGAGUCAAACCGGCACGUGCAACAGCAACUCGUGCACGAAGAGGCAGCUCAGCAUCGGCGCGACGUGUCGGUGCUGGUGGAGGCGGGCAACCCUGUGUGGCAAAACUACCGGUCCGGCGUCGUGA